AUGCCGGGCUUCGACUUCUCCAACUUCAACCGCAACGCGGCUCUUCACGCCAGGGGUGUUCCCCUUCCCAAAGCGACCAGUACUGGUACAACAAUUGUCGGAUGUAUUUACGAUAAUGGCGUUGUGAUUGCAGCAGAUACCCGAGCCACCAGUGGCCCUAUAGUGGCAGACAAGAACUGCGAGAAGCUUCACUACAUCGCCCCGAAGAUCUGGUGUGCCGGUGCCGGUACCGCCGCCGAUACCGAAUUCACCACCGCCCUCAUCAGCUCCAAUGUCGAACUCCACUCGUUAUCGACAGGCCGCGACCCCCGUGUGAUCACCUGCAUGACAAUGCUCAAGCAGCACCUCUUCCGAUACCAGGGCCACAUCGGAGCGUACCUGGUGGUUGCAGGUGUGGACCCGACUGGCGUUGGUCUUUACACUGUGCACGCACACGGUUCUACGGAUAAGCUCCCCUACGUGACGAUGGGAUCUGGUUCUUUGGCCGCCAUGUCCGUGUUCGAGUCCACUUGGCAGCCGGACCUGGACAAAGAGGGCGCCAUCGCUCUCUGUUCCGAGGCUAUCAAGGCCGGUAUCUUCAACGACUUGGGAUCCGGUAGCAACGUUGACGUGUGCGUCAUUGAGAAGGACAAGCCGACUCAGUUGUUGCGAAACUAUGAGAAGCCCAAUGAGCGUGGACAGAAGGAACGCAACUACCGCUUUCCGCGUGGCACCACUGCUUGGUUGAACCAGAAGAUCAUCAGCAAGGAGGACAUGAAGAAAUAUGUCACGGUCGAGACCUUGUCCGGAGACGACAGUCUGGCUGAGAAGAUGGAGGUGGAUUCUUAG